CAUCUAGAUCAAAACCUGUUAUUGUAGUGAUAGAGAGCGUCUUCUUCAAAGGGUCAUACGAUUCUAAAUUUGAACUGCUUUUUUCGAUGCUGUCGAUAAUGCUGUGAAAUUAAAGAUGGCAGCACUAUUUUCUUGCACAAAAUGUCAUAAGAGAUAUCCUUUUGAUGAACUUUCUCAAGGAGAACAGUUGUGCAAGGUUUUAAAUAUGAAUUUUAAUUCAAAUCGCUUUCUCUUUAACUAUUCUGAUUCUGUUGUCACUGUUGUCCACUAUUGAGUUGAGAAAUGAUGGGCCUAAGACUUAAAUAAUUCUGUACACAAAUUUAGGAUAUGGUCUUUAUACUCAGACUGAUAUAGGCCUAACAAUCUUUGUUACUCAUUAUUUAAUAAUAGCUCAUUACAUCAAAUAGUUAAAAAAUGAAACUUAUCUUGGUCUUGGUCAUAGCACUUCUAAAUAGGAGGGACUCAUUGAAAAAAUUAACUGGCCUACUGCCUACUACUCUCUCAAAGUGUCUCCAGAUCAUCUACCACUGACAGCAAAAGUAAAAAAAAAAAAAGAAAAUCAAACCCUUAUGUCCUAAGCCAAAUUAAAGUAUUCUCAACAAAAGCCAACGCCAUCAUGUUUCAUAAAAGGGGUGGUGUGAAAUUUUUUUUAUGUAGUAUGCUAAAACUAAAUGAAAAUGUGACAAAAAGACGAAGGGAAUCUGAAAACUUUUAGUUAUGAAAAAAGAUGAUAAAAAUAAACAGCCACAUUAAAAGUUAAGGGACAUUAAAAAUAUUACAAUUAAACUCUUUUGAAAGGGCGAAAAAAUGACAUGAUAAUUCACUGUACAAAGUUUUGAUAUAUUUUCGAAAGAUGAGAAACUCUUGGAAGGCCUAAAAUUACUAAAAUGACAAAUGAAUUUCAACACAUGUUGAAAAUUUUUAAAAAAAUUGUUUUCGUGGAUAAAUAUUGUAAAUUAUCACUUUAUCUGGAGAGUAUCAUUUGACUGAUAACCAAAUGUUGAUUUAUUUUAAUUAUCACUUUAAAAGAGGCUGAUACCAAUUAAUAUGCAUGGCAGAUACCUGCUGAUUAAUUAUCUCUAAGUCUAAUCUAAAUGAUAGCUUUUAUUAAAAAUCAUCUGUCUUGAGGAUCUGUAACUAUAAUUAUGAUAAAUGGUCAAUUUUAAUUCUAGGAUUGCAGAAACAACUAUCCUACUGUCAAGUGCACUUACUGCAGGGCUGAGUUUAUGCAAAACAGGUAACAUUUUCUAAAAUCCAGCCAACUUGAAAAUACUUCCAUCAUAAUACUUUUAAAAUUAGUAUAACAAUUUUGAGUUUGUUAAGCAUGCAUUGUAAGUGUAAGUACUGUCAGCUUAUUAAUAAUAGGUUACAUUCUUUACAGUAAAGGAAGUACAAGCUCCAUAUGUGCCAAGUGUGCUCAAAAUGUUAAACAUUAUGGAAAGGUAAAAAAAAUAAUUUCACCCUGUUAUUAUUUGAACACAUAACGUGGUAACUUCACAGAUGUUAAUUUUAGUUGAGCUAUCUCUGUUUGUGUGACCUCCAACAUCUAUAAAAAGGUAUUUAUUUCUGUCGAAUGUAAGUUGCAAAUUCUAGGUUUUCUAAAUUAUUUCAAGGUUCAGUAAAUAAAUGUAUAGAAUAACUGGCAUUAUCAGAAGCUUGCUAAUUAAAUCACUCUUGACAAAUUCCACUAAUGACUCCUCAUUGAACUGAAAUAAUAUUCACUUUAGAUUUUGUAUUUUAAUUUAUCUCUCUAUCAAGUAUUACUUGAUAACAAUGAGAGGCAGAGUUACCCUUUAAAAUAUUGAAUUAUAUUUUUAAUUGUAUCAAUUGUUUGCAGCCAACUGCAUGUGAAAACUGCAGUGUACUUGCUGCUUUCAUUGGAAAUCGCUGUCAGCGUUGUGUCAACUCUGAGAAAAAAUGGGGUCCCCCGAUGGUGUGUGAACAGUGUAAACUAAAGUGUGCCUUUGAUCGGCCAGAAAGGAGAAAGGUCAGUUAUGAAAUAUCAGCUACAUAUUUAUAGUGAUUUUUUUUUUUUUUUACAAUAUGUAUUUAGCAGUUUUUGAAAACUGCAUGUAGUUUCACAAAGAAGAAAUUAGAGUUUCAAGUAUUAACAUAAAUGAUUAAAUAUUAACACCGAAUACAAAGUAGUUUAUGGCUCUACAAGUUAGAAUUUACUAGAACUGUUGUCUGAAACUUCAAUAACCAUUUUCAUGUUACAGGUCGUAAUAAAAGUAUGAUCAUUUAAGGAAAUAUCAUAAUCGAUUUUUACAAUGACUCCUACAAUGAUAAUACCCUCAACUGUUAGGCUUAAUACUGGUAUACACUUAAUGAUUUUUAAAAAUAGAUUUCAGCGAUUUCAAUUCAUUUUUGUAGGUUGAUGGAAAACUGAUGUGUUGGCUUUGUGACCAGGCUUACAAAAGGGUUUUAGCGAAAACCAGAAAGACACAAGAUAUGGUUCUCAAACCGUCUAAAUCUUCAUCCUCUCUAUUGGACUCUUCAAGUAAAUCUAACACACCAACCAAUAAUGGACAAAAUUUUACCUCAAAUCAAGCGUUAACAUCAUCUGCUUCAUUUGAAGGCAUGACGGUUUUAGAACGUCUGACACGAUUAGCAACAAGCGGUGGAAGCAGUCGAGGUAACACUCCCCCAGUAGAGCCUAAGCAAGAAGGAGAGAAUAGACUGGCAGAAAAGGCUACUAAUUUUCUUGAUAGGGUAACAAGUACAGAAGAAGAGGAUUCAAAAGAGGAUAAAGAAAAGCAUCGCCCCCACAACCGACAUCAUCGCAAGCAUCAUCACCAUCACCGCUCACACUCAAAAAGACGUCAUUCGAAGUAAGUAUGCAAGUGUAAAUCAAUGAAGAAUUAUUAUCAUGUUCCAUUAUUGUCAGUAAUUUUUUUAAUUCGAUUAUUUUAAACAUACUAAUUUGUUUAAACAAAGGAAAAACUCAAUCUGCGUUAAACAAAAAUGGUAACACUAUGUUGACAAGCUAUAUUUUCAAAAGUGACAUUUGGUCGAGAUUAUUUUUCUUGUUGUUAUGUAAAUGGUAUUAGCCAGUUUUAAAUUUAUUAAUCCUAAAAUGUAAAUCCUGCAGAUCAUACAUUUGAACUAUAACAGACCUGUUUACUCUUACGAUUUUGGCGUACAAUGUACGAUUUUGAGGUGUAUACAUUAUAUAUGCAGCACGCCUUUGCUCUAUAAAGAGAAUGUAUUGACCGAUUAUAUGAUGAUAUUGUACGAUUUUAAGGGUUUGAGGGUAAACAGGUCUGCUAUAAUAUCUUAUUGUAGCAAUAAAGUGAACAUUCCUGAGAUAUGAUAAAUUUAAGCAGGCAAAUGCAUAUUCUAAUAUCCCAACAAAGACAUUACACACAUUAUUUAGAAGAUGAGUCUUUUAUAAUUUUUUUAAAAUGAAGGAGCUUAAUUUUAUCAGUUGCUUGACAAGCAUUUGUAUUUUUUUUAGAAUAUUAUUCAAGAUGUUACAAUUAUGGAUUAAUUUAGAAUUUUUGUAUGAAUAGCUAGUGACAUUUUCUAACCACACAAGUUUAGACUGCCAUCGGAUCAAAUAAAUAUAGGAAAGCAAAUAUUAAUAGGUUGGGUUAGGAGGUGCAAGUAAUUCAGACAAGAGAUUUCAGUCCUGGUUUAAUACCAGAUACUUCAGUAAGUAGCCAGGACCCUUAAAGCACUGGCUCCUAAUCCUAAAAUACCCAUGCACAUGUGGAAAAUUUCAAUAAACUGACACCCAAACUCACAUGAUUAUAAAGUUAAAUAAUUUGUAUUUGUGAAAAUCUAAAUUUCUCUGUUAGUAGUUAAUAACUGUUAGAAAAUGUAUCUCUGGGAGAAAAUUAUCUUAGCAACGGUAUAGAAUAGCACAGUAGAAGGUCAUUUUUACACCCCUGAUUUAUCAUAAAACCAGGUAUAGUACUAGGGGUAGACUUUGUGUUUAUUUUAUUCCCAAAGUGCACUUAAUAGUUGAAGCCAAUAGAUAAUCACUAUCAUUGUCUAUUUGCUUUAUAAUAAACAUUUUUAAAAACAGGACAAUAAUCCUUGAAUCAUUUAUAUCAUUAUCAACAUGCUCUGUUUUAAGUCCUAUAGAAUAGCAAUUUUGAAUUUUCAUCACCUUUCUUCAACUCAAAACAUUACUAAAACAACCAAAACAUUGCAUCAUGGAUGCUGCCAUUACUUUGAUCUUUCGCAAGUCACGUGGUAAACCCUGAACUCGGCAUUUACAAUACAUUUUCAUAUACCGGGUACCGUCUAUCUAGGGUUAGAUAUGGGAGAAUGAAAUAUUGGUCCGGUGUGGGGCGAAUUUUUUAACACUUGGACUGAUAAAGCGAGAUCCUGGGUUCAAAGGGUUAAUCAUAUACGGUAGUUUUCAUUAAUUUUAAUCUGUUUUGUUUUUAAAAUAUAUCUUAUGAAUCUACUUGUGUUACAGGGAAGAGGAUGAAGGGAGUGAUGUCAAGAAACCAAAGUCUGAAAAAAAUUCAGCUAAUGGUGUUACAGCGGCAGCAACAUCAGCAGCAGCUGUCUCCACCCCAAAAAGGUACAUUUAUUUGGCUGAUCAAAUCAGUUUUCUCCAAUCUUUUCAUAUUUAGGAUUUAUCCCAAUUAGCGUUUUCCAUAAGAUUAUAUACUUUUUCUAAACCCUAAUUGCACAAGCAUUAAGAUACUUUUCACGCUUCCCAACAUUUAAACUUGUAAAUUCUCAUCAACUUGAUAAAUAGUUGAAUUUUAUUGAUAAAAGUCAAGUCUGGCAGGAUUUACUUUUUAAUUUUCAAUGUAAACAGCUUUUUACACAUUUUACAUCUCUUCAUUAGCACGGGUAGCACUAUUUCUGAGGCUGGUUUGGAUACAGCGACCUCUGAAAAUGUCAUACUUAUCACUCAACUCAGAGAGCAGAUUGAGAGCCUUAAAAAACAGAUGUCAGGCAAAGAUCAGCAGCUCUUGGAGAAAGAUAAAAAAGUCAGUUCUUUUUACUGUUAGAUCGAUUUUAAAAAUGGGAUUCUUUGUGUUUAACCUUACGCAUAACUAUUUUACUGAAGUACAAUGCAAGAAGUCAUUGUUAUGAUAGAACUAAUACAUUUCAAGAUUUGUUUGGGAUAAAUUUUCUUAUUGUACAGAAUAAUUUACAAUAAAAAAAAUGUUGAUUUUAGCAAUUAUUGAUUUAAUUCUUGAUACAGCUCUGUCUGUUCAUACUUUAUUAGUUCCGCGAUCAACAUUUUCCAUAUUUAGAUUACAGAACUCAAAGCUCAAAUGUAUGAAAGUGACAAAGAAUUCCGGUCAAAAGUCCAGGCAAUGCAGAGAGGACAUGCUACAGCUAUUGAGGCUCUACAGGUUUGUCAGCACUUUAAAAAGUAGUAUUGUAUUCAUGGUUAGGAGACGUGCUAAUAAUUUUUAUAAUCUAAACAAAUUUCCUUUUAGUCUAAAAUAUUUUAAAAAUUUCUCCCUAAUCUAGUACAGCAGUUUAAACAACUUUUUCUGUCUAUGGUAUACUUGGAUCUGAUGUAUUACAUGCAUAACUUUUGUUAGGUAGUUCUAACUUGGCUACUUUUAAUCACUGUGUAGAAAUUGGGCAAUGUUUGUUAUCUGCUUUUUAUGCCUGCCACAUCUUUUGGGUUCCUUUGAAAGCUCUUCAUCUCACGUCUUCUUUGGUUUCACUUUUCCUUUAGUUACAUCAGGUGUUUUUUAAUCUUAGUUAUGUGCUGCUGUGGUAGAUUAGGAUGUACCCUGCCUACUAGUACUCCUUCUGUUCCCCACUAACUUUGUCAGUUACAUUGAUGGCACAUGUCAGGGCUGUUUUCUUCAUGGUCUUCCACAUCUCACAGGCAGUUGGGUUGCAGGUGGAGUUUUACCAUUACAUGUUUUAUUUGUACUGGGUAUGCAGCAUUUGAAAUAUAUAUGUAGAAUUCCCAACUCUACUUCAUACAUUUAUUUUAAGGUCUCGGGUUUUGGAGAUUUUACUGCCAAGAAAAUGUUUCAACACUUCUAAUUUUAGUUUUGUCCUAGCUGAUCCUAAGACCUACAUGAAACCAGCUUCCUAUUCUAUUCUUAAUGAACACUUUUUGUUACAUUUUGUCUAAAAAAAAUUUAUUUUUAACAGAUCAAGAAUAGAGAGCUGACAAGGCAGGUCUCUUCACUGACCAAGAGCAAGAAAUCUGUAGAGACUUCAUCUCUCAAAUUAAAUUCUGAUCCUUAGCCAGAUUUAUGAAGUUUUGAUUUGAAACAAAUUAAUUUGACACGUUAAAGUGUUAUGUAUAAUCUUGGAUUUUUAAAAAAAAAUUGGUGUCAUCUUUUGCAACAAUGGUUUAUAUUUUUAAAAUCCCACUAUAUUUACAAAUCAUGAUGCCCUUUUAAAAACUUGUUUAACCCUUUAUUUAAAUUUUUAAAAAAAUUCCAAGGUAAUUCAGAGAAUUGAUUUUAAUCGCUUUUGGAUGUCAUUGAGUGAUCCAUUCAAAUGACCCAGGUUUUAUAUCAGUUGUAUCAUAAGCAUGUCAAUAUUCAUUACAAAGAAUUACUUGACUUCUGGUGACACACUUUUGAAAAUUAUGCCUAAUGCAUCUUUUCUUUGAUAUCAUUUAUGUUCAGUUAAGUCACUGAAAUGCAGAAUCACUGAAGAGCUUUAAUAGUUAUGAAUGCCAAUGAUUAAUAAUUAUAAUUGUAAACGGAGGUAGAGAUUAGUAAUGGGGGUAAAUAUUGUUUUGAAAAAUGUUUACUCACAGGAAUGGUUUGUUUUUAAACAAGUUUCUCCUGUAUGCCGUGAGCAUUAUUAAAAUGUUGGUUUAUUUAAUGAUGCUGAGUCACCCUGCGGAUUACUUGUUGCAAACAAAAAAAUUUAAACUUAAAGAUAACUUGAGUUAAAUAUGGUUAGACAGGUCUAUAGAUCAUUAGGACAUGUUGAAAAUAAUUUUUUAAAACCGUGUAUAUUUUUUAAAAAUACUAGGCCAACUGUAUUAUAUCUCUCGUAUCAUAUUUUAUAAUGUGGAUUUGUUUAGAAUAUUGGAUGAGAGAGGAAUAACAGUACCGGUACCAUUUUGAAGUCAGUUCAAAUAACAUGUGAACAGCACUUUAUGUGAAAUAUGAAAAUUGUGUAUUCAUAUAAUUUGCAUGAUUCGAUUUGUGGUAGUGGUGAUUUUACACCCAUUUUAGUUAGUCUAUCUGAUCGACAGGAACAUUUUGCAUGGUUUAAUCGCGUGACCUGUAAAUUAUAUAAAAUUCCAAUUCUCAAAUCCAAGAUCUGGUGUUUUUUUUUCUUCAAUAAAAUAUUUUGCCAAUUCUGUCAACAAUUUAAAUUAAAGAAGACCUAAAAUUGUUUCAUGCUUCUCUUAACUUGAAAUUUUCCAUAGAACUGCAACAAACAUAAAUCUUUAAGAUCUAGAGGUCACUAUUUCUGUUAUGUGUUGUAUCAAGAUUUCUUCAAAAUCAAAACAUUUUUUUAAAAACAAUUUUUAUCUUUUGUAAUUAUUAUCAUUCCUUGUUCUGUUUGCUCCUUGUUAUAUAAAUAGCUACGUAGUCCAUAUGAUUAUUGUCAAAAUUAUCUAGAUAAUUAUGUAUUACUUACAGCAUCUGCUGUUAGCCAAGUCAAGAGUUAGUCUAGCUUUAGAGUUAACUUUUGGCAAUUUUUUUAAAACCUUGGGUAUGAUAUACUUCUUUGUUAGAAUAAAAUUAAAUAAAUUUACUAUAAUUCCAUGAAAACCUUAUAUUUUAAUUAAAUUUGAGUCUGAAUGAAUUUUAAUUAAGAUAAACAUUGUGCUGGAGGACUUCCUCAAUCUUACUUUAAAAUGUUUGUUUGUUAAAAGGUUCCAUGUGUAAUUUUAAAUGAUUUUAAUUUGUUAUUUGUCCAAUAGAUAACCACCUAUACAAUUUGAUCAUCUUAAUGUGAUUGCAUCUAUGAGGAUUCUUUUCAUAAAAUUGUGUAGCUCUUAACCUCCGAACAGUUGAUCUUUUAAUUUCAAUUAUGUUACUGUGAGUUUGAUUGCUUUGUUUGUCACUUAUUCAAAUGUGUGAAUGGCGAUUGCUAGCUUCACUUUCAACAUAUCUCAGACAUUGCAUUUACACCUUAGUAGGAGGUUCAUGUUAUUUUAAAUCAAUUUUUAUCUUCAUAAAUGUCAUGUAUGCUGAGUAGCAACACCUUUGUGUGGUCAUUCAAUGUUUCUUGUGUUAGAAUUAAGUUCUUAAGAUUCCAUGACCUCCAAAUGGCUGUACUGUGUUAAUGAUUCUCCCUUAAGUCAUGUUUCCCUGCCUCACAUGUCUAGUACUGUUAAAUAGAUAUCUAAAGGUCAUCUGUUUUUACAAAUAGAAAACUUUCAAAAUCUUCUCUAUAAUGUGAUUUUUAUAUAAGCUACAUUCAGAAGUGAAAGUUACAAUGAAUAAAUUUCUUUUUAUCCACUAUGUUUUCAGUAUAUGCGAUGAAAAGUGGUUGAUCAUUUUAAUACACAUAUUUUUAAAUUUCCUCUAAGAGAUGACACAUUUUCAUUUUUUUAGGAUUUUAACACCAUUGCAAACAUUAUUUACUUAAAUGAUACAUAUGCUCUACACAUUUUAACUCGCCAGAUUAUAUAAUUUUGUAACAAUUAAAUGAAUGGCCAGUUUCGUCACACCUUAUACUGACUUAAAAACAUUCAUCUAAGAAACUUAGGAAUGAAGUACCGGUAGAGAAAACCUGUUUUAAUAAUGUUAAAUGACUUUCAUUAUUUUGUGCUGUAUUUCCACCCAUGAGGGUCAUCAAAAAAAAUAUUUUCAUUUUAUCUCCUGCUGAUCAAUAAUUUUUCCUGAAAAAUUAACACCCUAAAUUUUUGCUAAAUUUAAUUUUUUUUUGUUCAUCUCUCCUUUAAAAAAAACAACACUUUCAUGCUGUAUUAUUAAUAAUAGUAUUCUUUAUUUCCAUAAAGUAGUUAUGUUUGUUGUGGUUGAUUCUUUAAACAGUAAAUACCGGUACCUAAUUGUAAUGUGCAGAAAGAAUAAAGUAAGAAUAAGAUAUUUCUUUUAGCUUUGAGAAUUUAUUAUUUUUUCCCCUAUUUUUAAUUCAGUAUAAUCAUGAUUUUCCUUAUACUAUGUAAUUUUGUGGUGGUGUACUUCUAUUAUGUACAGAUAGAAGUUUUUCUUGAGUUAUAAAAAAAUAAUUGUAAAAUAAACAUACAAAUUAGACAUGUGCAGCUAGCUACAAGUUUAGUUACUGUUAUUUUACCAAAAUAUAAAAAUAUUUUUCAUUCUUGAUAUUUCAUCCAUUAUCUAUGCUUGAUUGCUCUUUUUUAAAUAGUAUUUUCCUCUUCUUCACAUAUGACUUCUGUUCAAAAUUGCUGUUGUAUAAUGU